GUCAGUUCUAUGUUUGUUUAAAGUAGAAAGCUCAACCCAAAACUUGAUACAUCAGUUGCCUGCCUUCUUGCCUUACAAAAGGAAGUAACUAUAAACAUGAAAGGGAAAAGUGGAAUGUGUUGGUUUAUUUUUAUUCUUGUUAAAUUUGGAUUUAUUCAUAAGAAGUUCCAUUAUUUAUCAAAACUGAAAAUAGCUCUUUGGAUGACAAUAAGCUUUAUAUUUGGAGGAUAUUUGAUCUAUGCUGAUAUGAAAGCAAUUAUUUGGGGUGCAACCAAUGAUAUUUCUUAUAUGUAUUCUGUCUUGAGUACAGAUAUACUUCUACCACUGCAAACUUGUCUUUCAUUUCCUUUACUUGGAUAUCUCACCUUUGCUGACAACGAGUUCAUGAUUGACUCAGAAUUAAAACCCCCAAGACGCUUGAUUCAUCUUUUCUUCUUUAUAGUUUCUUCAGUAAUUGCCCACUCCUUUAUGGCAAACGUUUUAUCGCAGAUUGUUAAUACGAUUUGUAUAUGCUUCAUGAUGGCUUUAUGUAGUAUAACAGAAAUAAUAUCUGUGGUACUCAUUGGUACUUCUUUGACACAUCUACAGCUGAAUAUUAUCAAGAUGAAUGAGGUUGAAAUUAAUCCUCAUAAGGGAGAAGAAUGUCAGAAAUUAAUCUAUAGGUUUAAGAAUCAGAAGAGAGGACUUGGACCAAAUCUUCUCCUAAUAUUCUCAACAAGAAUGAUUGUACUUCUUUCAUUUACAUACUUUAGCUUGCAGCACAUUUCAUCUAUUCCUCUCUUGUCAUUUGUUGUAAGUAUUGGAUUGCAGAUGUCCUACAUCACCUUUACUCUAGAUGACUGCUACAACACCUUUAAGGAUAUUAAAAAGACGUUAAGAGAAAUAUUGAACAAAUCUGAGAAUCAAAAUCAAGAACUUCUAAAUUCUCUGAUUAUUGAUGUGGAAGAUGAAACACCUUUCUCGGCCUUGGACUUCUUCAUUGUUGAUACAUCACUACUUACUUCAGUGUUAUCCACCCUUGUAACCUACAGUAUUAUUCUUCAGCAGUUGUAAACUUCUUUAUUGUAAUGGUUUGAUUAAAACUAUAAUCUUUUUAAUAUGGUUGUUUAAGUAUAGAAUCAAGAAAUAUAUGUAAUA